CUUUACGGCUUUCUGCUCUGCUGUUGAAUGCUGGCAGAUUUAUUAACCACCUGCCUUUAUCUUCAGUUUUGUUCAGCGUGCUGAAGCUUGCAACAAUGAACCGACAACUGAGAGGGGAGAGUGACUACGAGCAGCUGCCUGACGACGUGCCUGUUUCUGCCUAUGUUGCAGAUGUGCAGCAGGGUAAAGGGAUUUCUGCUUUUUUUCUGUUUGUCAUCCAGGUGAAGAUGAAAGGUGGCGGUAGAUACUUCAUAUUCCGUCGCUACCGGCAAUUUCACAGCCUUCAGAUGAAACUCAAGGGGAAGUUCGACCCAGAGAAUAACAAAAGCUUCAACAUUUGUGUCUUGCCUGAGCUCCCAGGGAAAGUUUACCUUGGCAACAAGCAAGAGAUCGCAGAGAAACGGAUCCCUGAACUCAACAUGUACAUGAAGAAACUGCUUUCCCUUCCGGCCUGGAUCCUCCUGGAUGAAGAUCUCCGGAUUUUCUUCUAUCAGACCCCAGAGGAUAGUGUGCAGAUACCAAAAUCUCUCCGGAGACUGAGGCCACCCACUCGGAAAGUCCAAACCAAGACAACAAAGGGAGUCACAAGCACAAAAGCAGAGGCUCCGCGGGCAGAGGCUCUGUAUAACUUUACUGGAGAAAGUGACCUGGAAUUGACAUUCAAAGCCGGUGACAUUAUCUAUCUGCUAAAGAAAGUUAAUGAAGAUUGGUUGGAGGGCAUUCACCGUGGUUGCUCAGGCAUCUUCCCUAAAUCUUUUGUGAGAAUCAUUGAAGAUUUAUCGCAAGGUUUCCCCACUGCAAGUGAAGAAGGGAGUACGACGGUCCACAGGUUGCGAUGUGUCUACCAUGAUGUCCACUGUAGCGAGAUUAGGGAUAUCUAUUUGGGAAGUGGCAUCUCUCUGCAGCCGGAAUACUCAUUCCUUCUGUCCUUGAUGAGGACUGAAUUUGCAAACGAGGCCAUUGCCCUUAACUACCGUGACCCAGAAGGCGACCUGGUGCGCAUCAUGGACAACAUGGAUGUGGAACUGAUGGCGCUGGAGGCCGAAGAGAAACCCCGGGUCACGAAGCCUGACUUUGUCCCAUGGCAACUGCAUGUGACGAGGGAGGAGGAUCUAUCCGUGUACAACACUCAGCCGUGAAUCUGCUUCCACCUACUAAUGGUUGUGUUAAUCUGAACUGCUAAUCUGGAGAAAAGAAUAUUAUAGGGACUGAUCCCUUUUUGCUUAAGAAGAAUUUAAUUGUCUUUCACUUGCAUUUUGGAUGUCCCUCCUCUCUGCAUAUGGAUGGCUUUGGCUAAAGUUGUCCCUGUGAUCUCCUCUGCCACUCCAAGGCUGAUAUUUAAUUGCUGCACAGCCAUUGGCUGCAACCAUUGAGGGUACCUGCUGAUGAAGGAAAGAUCUCUUGAAUGAGAGGCACUCAUUUUUUCAGGCAAAUAGGGCACACAUUGCUGAGGAAUUCAGCACCAACCAAUAGUGUUAAACAUGCAUAGAGUCAUACAGCAAGGAAUCAGGCCCUUCGGCCCACCUUGUCCAUGCAAGCCAUCGAGAACACACUUACACAAACCCCAUUUUGUUUUCCAAUCAACUCCCACAGCCUAUCCCAUUCAACCACACACCAGGGGAAACUCACAGCAGCCUAUUAACCUCCCAACCCACCCGCCUUUAGGAUGUGGGAGGAAACCGGCGCACCCGGAGGAAACCCACGCGGUCAAAGGGAGAAUGUGCAAACUCCACACAGACGGCAUUGGAGAUCAGGAGGUCAGCUCUACUAGCUGCACCACUGUGCGUCCGAGUCAUUGGAACUGAAUUACAGAAGUGGAGGAUGUUGUGCAGAGCUGUGUUUAGUGCAACUGGGCAUCGGUGAACUCCUAAACCCUCAAUAAAGAAUAUUAAGAACCAAAGAAAGCCACCACGAAAUAUUAAUAAAGCCGGUGGAAAGUACCAAUACAGUAGAAGAUAGAAUAUCUCAUCUGUGAUUUGGAAGUGAUGCACUGAACAUAGAACAUAGAACAGUACAGCACAGGAAGAGGCCCUUCAGCCAACAAUGUCUGUCUGAACACAAUGCUGAAGCAAAAUAAAUCUCUUCUGCCUGCACACGAUUCAUAUCCCUCCAUUCCCUGUAUGUUCAUGUGUCUGUCUAACAGCCUCUUAAACGCCACUGUUGUAUCUUCUUCCACCACCAACCCUGGCAGCCUGUUCCAGGCCCCCACCACUCUCUGUAAAAAACUUACCCCGCACAUCUCCUUUAUAAACUUUCCCAUGCUCACCUUAAAUGCAUGUCCUCUAGUACUUGACAUCUCUACUCUGAGAAAAAGAUUCUGACUGUCUACCCUAUCUAUGCAUCUUGUAAUUUUAUAAAGUUCUAUCAGGUCUCCCCUCAGCCUCCGCCGCUCCAGAGGAAUCAACCCAGUUUCGUCCAACCUCCCCUUAUAGCUCAUACCCUCUAAUCCAGGCAGCAUCCUGGUGAAGCUCUUCUGCACCCUCUCCAAAGCCUCCACAUCCUUCCUGUAAUGCGGCGACCAGAAUUGUAGGAAAAAUUAAAUGAAGUUAGGGAAGGUUGAAAAGCAGAGGGAUUUGAAGGAUCAGAUUUCUGAAGAUUGAUAGACCGUUAAACAAUCGUUUGUUUAGCACCACUGACUAGGAUAAUCUUCCAAGCCUAUUCUAAUAGAGAAACAUAGAAACGUACAGGACAGAAAUGGGCCCUUUCGGCCCAUCCCAUCCUUGCCAAUCGUGAAGCCUGUGUUCACCAAUCCUGCCUCUCUCUACACCUUUCCUACCUAAGUACCUGUCCAAACAACCUUCUAAACACUGCCAUUGUAUCUGCCUCCACCACCUCCUCUGGCAGCUCAUUCCAGAUAUUCGCCACUACCCUCUGUGUGAAAAACUUACCCCUCAGGUAUCCUUUUGUUGCCACAAAACAACAAAUUUCGUGUCAGUGAUAAUAAACCUGAUUCUGAUUCUGAAAUAUCUCCCCUCUCAUCUUAAACUUGUGCCCUCUAGUUCCAUACUCCCCUGCUCUUGAAACAGACUCUGACUAUCUAUCCUAUAUAUGCCCCUCAUAAUUUCAUAAACCUCUGUAAGGUCACCCCUCAUUUUCCAACAUUCCAGUGAGAAUAAACCCAACCUCUCCUUACAACUGCAGCCCUCCAUUCUGGGCAACAUCCUGGUGAAUCUCUUGGGCAGGACAAGUGGAUGAUACUCCCUCUGCUUGUGGAUCAAGUCAUUAAAAAUGUCAGUGGGACCCUGGGUAGCAGUAUGGCCUCAGCAGAAGUGUACGGGGAACGUUACUGAACCAACACUCCAUUUCCACUCCCACCCAUUGAAGCCAGACUAAAGCAACCAAUCAGGUUACGUUUAUACCCCAAGGGAUACAAAGUUUAAAAGUCACAAGGUAACAGUGAUCUCGAUGAAAUUGCAAUGAAGUUUUGAGAUCCACACUACAUAGAGAAUUGUGAGGCAAUCAAGAGAGGACAACUUCAAUUCACCUGGAUGCCUCCUGGAAUAGAAAAAUGAAGCGAAGAAUAUCUGGGAAGGUUCUUUUUUGGGAAAUGAGAUUACGGAAUAAUUUAAUAGUUAUUGAAAACAAUGGAGAGAUGACACAGCAUAAAAUGAGCGACUUGUGGCCAUUCCCUGAAGUUUAAAGGACGAGAGGUCAGCUCGCUGUACAAGGUUAUGGCGGUAUUGUGGUGUGUGCCUCGAGGUCUGAACCCUAGAUUUGGAGCCAUUUGUUUAAAACCCACCAUGUUAACAGGGAGAAGUAAAUACAAGAAACUAAAUGAAUUAAAAUAGUCUCAGUGAAUUGAUUCACCCUCCUUCCUUCUGUUGAUCAUACUCUACAGUUUAGGACACAAACUUGACCAUUCUACUCCAACUGUUGAGUGUUGAUGAAGUGUUGAGUCUGAGGUGUUGUCCUGGAAUCUCUCGGUAUCAUCCAUCAUUGUAUUGUAGAACUGUAGGAGAAUUACACUGAUGAGUAAUCACUCAUUUUGUACCAACCCUUACCCCAUUAGUUGACUUCAAUUGCAAAGGGUGUGGUGGACAAGGGGGAGCUAA